CUUUAUCAAUUUGCCCUAAAAUAUAAAGGCUGUGUCUCUGUUCCAACUGCACGCAUUUAUGAACCAUCUCCUGCUCUAUUUCUAUAAAUAGAAUCGAAGCUUUUAUCGGAGAAUAACACACCAUUAAUAUUUCAUCUUAAAUUUUAUAGAUCAGAAAAUUACAAUGGGGAAGAAUUUCAGAAAUGGUGGUGUGUUUGCUGUGAUCUUGUUGCUGGGGUUGUUUGUUGUGCAGAUUGCCGAUGGCCGGAAGCUUGAGAAAGACACAUUUGGCGGUGGUGGGCUCGGUGGAGGCGGAGGGCUUGGUGGUGGCGGUGGACUUGGUGGCGGAGCUGGUGGUGGCGGUGGACUUGGUGGCGGAGCUGGCGGUGGACUUGGGGGAGGUGCUGGUGGAGGGCUAGGGGGAGGUUCCGGUGGAGGGCUAGGGGGAGGUUCCGGUGGAGGCCUGGGAGGUGGUUCCGGUGGCGGCCUAGGAGGCGGAGCUGGUGGUGGACUUGGGGGAGGUUCCGGUGGAGGCCUAGGAGGUGGUUCCGGUGGAGGCCUAGGAGGAGGUUCCGGUGGAGGGCUAGGGGGAGGUUCCGGUGGAGGCCUAGGAGGAGGUUCCGGUGGAGGGCUAGGGGGAGGUUCCGGUGGAGGGCUAGGGGGAGGUUCCGGUGGAGGGCUAGGAGGUGGAUUUGGAGGUGGCAAGGGAGGAGGGUUUGGUGGAGGUGCCGGAGGUGGUGCAGGCGGAGGAGUUGGGGGUGGUGCCGGUGGUGGGAGCGGAGGAGGAUUUGGAGGCGGAAAGGGUGGAGGGUUUGGUGGUGGUUCUGGUGGAGGAUUUGGAGGUGGAUCUGGAGGAGGAAUUGGAGGUGGAUCUGGAGGUGGCGCCGGUGGAGGUUUUGGAGGUGGAUCUGGAGGCGGGGGUGGUCUAGGUGGAGGCUCCGGAGGAGGGUUUGGUGGUGGUGCCGGUGGCGGAGCAGGAGGUGGAUUUGGCGGAGGAGCCGGAGGCGGUGGAGGUUUUGGUGGCGGACAUUAAACAAACGUCCAACUAUAGUCUGAAUAUUGCAUGCAUGGCAUGCUCUGUUCUAUUGAUCUAAGCUGUAAUACUUGUUUUCUUAAAUUAUUAAUGAAAUAUCAAUAAUCAUUUAUAAAAAAUUAUGAAAGUUGAAUUGUUUGACCCUA